UAAACUUUCACAACUGAUCUUCAACCCAAAAAAUGGGAAAGAGCAAAGUUCUUGUUGUGGGGGCAACAGGUUAUAUAGGAAGGAGAAUUGUGAAGGCAAGUUUAGCUCAAGGCCACACAACUUAUGUUCUUCAGCGUCCGGAGAUCGGACUCGACAUCGAAAAGCUUCAAAUGCUGUUAUCUUUCAAAAAGGAAGGGGCCAUUCUCGUCGAGGGCUCCUUUUCCGAUCAUAAAGGCCUGGUGGAUGCAGUGAAGAAAGUUGAUGUUGUGAUUUGUACGAUGUCUGGAGUUCAUUUUCGGAGCCACAACAUUUUGUUGCAGCUGAAGCUUGUUGAGGCGAUCAAAGAAGCCGGAAAUAUUAAGCGUUUCUUACCUUCGGAGUUUGGAAUGGACCCAUCAAGAAUGGAGCACGCACUUGAACCAGGAAACGAAACAUUUGAUCAAAAAAUGGUAAUUAGAAGAGCUAUUGAGGAUGCCAAUAUCCCCUUCACUUAUGUCAUCGCCAAUUGCUUUGGUGGUUAUUUCGCCGGCAAUCUCUCUCAGUUCGCCACCCUCGUUCCUCCAAGAGUUAAAGUCACUCUCUAUGGAGAUGGCAACGUUAAAGCGAUUUUCAUGGACGAAGAUGAUGUGGCGACAUACACAAUAAAGACAAUAGAUGAUCCUCGAACAUUAAACAAAACAUUGUACGUGGCACCACCUGAAAACAUCCUAUCGCAAAGACAAUUAGUUGAGAAAUGGGAGAAGCUUAUUGGAAGACAACUAGAAAAGACAAGUAUUUCUGGGCAAGACAUUUUAGCUAUGUUGAAAGGGACGGAUGAUAUUGGAGCGAAGGCUGGAUUGGGACAUUUUUAUCAUAUUUUUUACGAGGGAUGUUUGACAAACUUUGAUAUAAAGGAAGAGGGUCAUGAAGAAGCUUCAAAGCUUUAUCCCGAGGUGAAUUACACUCGGAUGGAACAAUAUUUGAAAAUCUAUGUCUAGAACUCAAAAUUAUAUAUGUAUCCAUUAUUUUAUUUUUCGACUUAAUUGCUAUAUGUACUAAGUUUUCUGUU